GCGUACAAUAUUAUUGGGUUUUUUUUUUUAAAUGGAGAAUAACCAUGGUAACCAGGUGAAAUCUGCAUCAAAAGAAAUCUUGAAGCUGAAGGCGUUUUGGGAACCGGCUGACGAUGCCCACGCGGACCAUAAAUCGGUUAGUUUUCAACAGCGGAAAGCUUUCAGUAGAAAUCCAGGACCUCUUAAAGCACAGAUCGAGUCUUCUCGGAAAAGCGUUCACUCGGGUCAACCUUUCCAGCAUUCUGUGCCAGGCCGACCUAAGUCGACACCCGGCUUCGGUGAUUACUUUGACUCGACCGAAGGAUCCAAAAAAGUCAGGGUCUCCUUCAUUAAAGCCAGCCAGCAAGAUUUGAAACGUCAGCUGCUUUCAGGUCAGGACAUCUACCACAGGCAGUGCGUCUCUUCUCUUGACCAUGUCGCGAGGGAAAAGAAAUUGAUCGAGUCUCGCGGGUACGUCCAGGCUGAAAAAUCUGACGAGUUGGAUUUUUCGGAGAAGGUCAAAGCGUUUAGAGCGUUAUUCAAAACAAAACACGGGAUACACAACAGUGGUAUCAGAAACCACAUCACUGAUGUCUUCAGGAUACACAACAGUGGUGUCAGAAACCACAUCACUGAUGUCUCCAACGAACAGCUUCAGAGGGGUAAGGGUUUGGGUGACGUUCAGGAGGGGGGAAAUCACGUCAAGUUCACGGCCAGAUCUCGCAGAUAUAAUUACAGCGAGCCAGUUAGUGACGUCAUUGGGGAGGGCUCGUUAGAUGAGCAGAGGAACACAUGUGUCGACGAGAAUGGCUCAUUGAGACUGACUAAUACGGCACCCCGCGAUUCGGAUGAGAGGGAGUGGUAUGGUCAUAGAAACAGUUCAAGAGAGGAAGUCUCCCGAGUAUAUACAACUACGGUGAACAACGAUGCAGAUUCUGAAGAUCCAAGUCACGUGACGCUCCUGGCCGAGAUGAGGGUGAUAAACAACAGCUCAGACAUACGAAUGCUCGGCAAACAUUCUAAGGGGAUGUCACUCCUAAGGUCAUCUCAGGCCGAUGAACUUCAGUUGACGUGCGAAGAAGAUAGGCGCCGAAGGACAAUAGGAGAUAACGCAGAGGUACAACGAAAGCCCUCACCACUGGUUGGUCCCGGCAACGUCAAUGGAAAUUCAUUCAGUGAAAAUUCAGAAGUUGAGACGCUUAGAACCCUUGAUCGCUUCCAGCGAGAGCAAACCAGUAGUGGGAGUAAGAGUCUCAAACAUGUCAUAAAACGCCAACCCAUAAAUAACUCUGAUGGUUUGAGAUUAACUUCAGACCCUGCUAAUGCGAUUGGCCACAUCAUAAGCGGCACACAUGCACGUGAAUACUCACGUGGACCUUAUGGGCCUCUUGGUGAUAAAAACUCAACAGCUUUGAACCUAUCUCAUUCAAGUAAAAUACCAAUGGAUUUUGUUAAACAGCAUUGUGAAAUUUUAGAGACAAAAUUAGAGCAAAAGGGAAAUGAUAAGUUGAACAGUUAUCCGGAUAAGAAAUAUUCACCUCCUGUAACGCAGUCUUCGUCAUCAAACUCUUAUACGGAGCAAUUUGAAAUCAACGGGGGCUUUUCUCUCAAGGGUCCCAUGAGACCAAACUCAGUUGUUCCGUCAUCGGCUGCAGGUGAACAGGAAGUUCGAGUUCUUCCAGAGAGGUCGCAGUCUGCCACGCCAACUUCCGGAAGGAUGCACAAACAAGGGAAUCUGCUUUCCGAGCGAAGUGGAGAGGACGUGCCUCUUCCAGGGGCGUCGUUACGGGCGCACUUAAACUACCUCGGUGCUAGUUUAUCCAGUCUUUCGAGUAAGCUGAACAGCGACCUGGGAUCAGAAAGGUCUUCAGUGCUGGGUUCAGGGAGUAGAACAAGAAGCACGAGUGAUUUGAAUAACGCCACCUUCAACAUAGUUACAAGAACGCAAUCCAAUAAGUCGGGAAAAGACGGGUCACCUGCUCGUGAGGCAAUACAAAAAUUUAACAAUCAAC